AUGAUUCGUAUAUGUAUAUUUAUUUUAUUAAUAUUUCCAUUAACAAUAAAUGCUGGAAAUACUAGAAAUUUUCGUCAAGUUGAUGAAAAAUCAGCACCAUCAAUUUCAGCUCCAUCUUUUGAUUCAUUCUCUCCAUCAACUACAUUAACAGAUAAGGAAAAAAAAGAAAUUGAAAGAGCUGGAAAAAUUGCUGAAGGAAUAUUAAGUCGUUUUGGACUUAAUUUUAAUUCUGAUGCACCAAAAGAUACACAAAAUAUACAAAAUGAUGUACAAACUACAACGAUAGCUCCAACAUCACUUCCAGAUACACAAUUUCAAUCAGAUUUUGAAUCAUUAAUUGCUGAAGCUGCUGCAUCUGGUACACCUGGACUUGAUAUACAAGGACUUACAUCUGGACAAAUUCCAGGACUUGCACCAAUUCCAGUACCUGGUUUUCCAGGACCACAAGAUAUUCCUACUGUUCCAGGAGUUAAUACAAUUCCUGGAUUAAGUAAUUUUAAUUAUAUUGUUGGACAACUUGUUCCACAAAUGAUUCCACCAACAAAUACAUUACUUGGAUCUUCAAUUUCUCGUCUUCUUCCAAAAGAUGCAACAAAAAAUCUUGCAAAAGAUGUCUUUCGUGCAGUACAUCCAGCCGCUGAAAAUGUUGAAGUUGCUCGUAUGAUGGGUAGAUGGUUCCAAGUUAUUAAUAGUCCCCAUGUUAUUAGAGAAGCAUGUACUGUAUCACAUUUUGGUGCACUAACAAAUAAUACUUAUUCUGCAACAUUUACAAUUCUUAAGUUUUAUCGUGAAGGAAAUCCAAAUGGACCACCACGUUUUUCAUUAGGAUAUGGUUUUAAAAGUGGUGAAACAGGACAAUUUUUACUUCAUUCAUCUAAUUCUCCUGAUGCUGAACCAUUUUGGGUUAUUAAAUUAGGACCAUUAAAUGAAUAUAAUCAAUAUGAUUAUGCUAUUGUUUCAACAUGGGUAAGAUUUCCUGUCUUUGUUAUUGCUAGAGAUCCAGAACGUUUCCAAAAACAACAUAUGAAGAAUGUUUUACAAUUUUUAGAAGAUAAUAAUUAUAUUAAUGUUAUGACAAAGGCUUUCAACAUGAUCUCACCAGUUGACUAUAGCCAAUGCCAAUAUACACCAACUUUUUCUGGAGCUGGUAAAUAA